AAGAAAUGUGUUAGAAGUUAGAACUUAGAAGAAUGUAGAGAGUUAAAAACGUGCUAUUGUUAGCGGCGACUGCACCUGUCCAUGAAAUAUGCCAUGGCCACAACUACAAGGGAACCACCCAACGCUAAGAAAAUCCCUCUCUUCCCUCUUCUCUCCCUUCUCUGCUUCACCUCCAUCUUCCUCAUCCUCUCCCAGUUCAGGAACACUUCCUCCACCCCUUCCACCUCCCGCUCCUCUUCUCUCCGCACCUUCCAAAUCCAUUCUUCUUCAUGCGACUACACUGAUGGCACAUGGAUCCACGAUGCGCCCGGAAAACCCAGGUAUGAUAACACCUGCAAGGAGAUCUUUAAGGGUUGGAAUUGCAUCUCCGCCAACAAAUCCAACGCUCAACAACUCGCCACGUGGCGCUGGAAGCCUCACCGCUGCGAUCUCCCCCAGUUCGACCCACUUGCGUUCCUCGAAAACCACAGACACGUCAGCAUUGGGUUUGUUGGGGACUCGUUGAAUAGGAACAUGUUUGUGUCGCUCUUCUGCACUCUCAAGAGCGUCUCCAGUGGGCAAGUGAAGAAGUGGCGUCCCGUUGGCGCUGACCGCGGAUUCACCUUUCUCAGCCACAAUCUCACCAUUGCCUAUCACCGGACCAAUCUCCUCGCACGUUAUGGUAGAUGGUCAGCAAAUCAAAAUGGCGGUGCCUUGGAAUCUCUUGGAUUUAAAGAGGGAUAUAGAGUUGAUGUUGAUGUUCCAGAAAGCACGUGGGCACAAGCUCCAAGUUUCCAUGAUAUUCUAAUUUUCAACACUGGUCACUGGUGGUGGGCCCCUUCAAAAUUUGAUCCCGUGAAAUCACCUAUGCUAUUUUUCAAGAAGGGUCAGCCAGUACUCCCUCCUUUACCUCCUGAUCAAGGCCUGGAUAUGGCUUUGGAGCACAUGAUCGCAUAUGUCGAGGAGAGGGCACGACCAGGUGCGGUCAAAUUUUUCCGCACUCAAUCUCCGAGACAUUUUGAAGGGGGAGAUUGGGAUCAGGGUGGUAGCUGCCAAAGGGAUAAACCAUUAUCAACAGAGCAGGUAGAAGAAGUCUUCUCUGUGAAGAAUAAUGGGACAAACGUGGAGGUUAGAUUGGUCAAUGGACACCUCUAUAAGGCUCUCAAGGGAUCUACAUUCAUUGUUUUAGACAUCACUCACUUGAGUGAGUUCAGGGCUGAUGCCCACCCAGCCGCGGCUGGAGGGAAAAAACACGACGAUUGCAUGCACUGGUGCUUACCAGGACUCACAGAUACUUGGAAUGACUUGUUCGUAACACAUCUGAAUAGUGUCAAGGGUAGAAGUUGAUGAACUCCAUAGUAAUAUUCAUUAGGAAAAAUUAUGAUGAACGAAUUUUGGUUGUUGACCUGUUUGAGAUGAGUCUAAUCGUAUGAGUUAUAUUCUUCCACUUGUUCAUUUGAAAAUUAAUGAGAUAAAAUAGUUCCAAGUAAAAAUCUUGUGCUCCAUUUUACUAUCCUUCCAUGUUAUCCGUGUAUUUGGAUCUUUUUAUCUCAUUUCAACUGUUUUUUGUGGCUAAUUAAUAUUAUAUUUCAAAUUACUCA